GUUUCCGCGGUGGGACCUGUAGUCUCCUGCUGAAUUUGAACCAUGCAGGGAUUCUGCUCCUGCGGUUGAGGCGGAGAGACGCAGCGGAGUUUGGCAUAAAUGAAAGUGUUGAGUCUGUGAUAUAGGUUCACUUCUCUUUAGCACCAUUAAUAGGCAAAAAAAGGGCUGAACUAGGUGGCAUCGGUGACCCAAGGUCAGUUAGUAAGUCGAUAUAUUUACUGAAUGUGUUCGACGUGCCCAGUUCGGUUAUAGGCACUUCAGGAGUUACAAAAAAGUGUAAAGCGGGAUUUUUUGGAGGAUCCCUCAGUCUUGUUGAGGAGACAAGGUCAAUUUGGGGACACUCGAAUUCACACAAAAACUCAUCCUGAGUAUUGGUAUGGACAACUGUAAAACUUCCUGGCACCUUUUUUUCUCCCUAGAAAUCUGUAAUGGGCAAACACUGCUUUUUCUCUAAGUGGCUGUAAACAGGCCCAUCAUUCCUACAGAAACACCAGAAAAUUUAAUGCAGGGUAGUUCAUACUUAACUUCUAUCCACCGGCACACGCAGACCAGCCCUCUAACCACUCCCUGGGAGCCUGCGUGCCAGCAGCCUGGAACAGAGUCUCUCGUGGAGCCUGCACGAUCAAUCCAGAUCGAAGCUGAUGUCUUCUAGAGAGACGGAAGUGGAAUCCAGCCAGGGCGCAGCAGAAUUUUGAGAAGCCCGAAGGCCUCUGUGUCCGCCAGGGGACCGCAGGGACUAAUUCUUUUGACAAACUUGUGGCCAGCCAAAACUGCCAUGCUUCACAUCCCUGUUAAUCCUUGGUUACCGCCCAAGAUUGGCUUACAGAGGAAAUGAAAUGUGCUCUGAGGGACGAUAUGACUAUGAAAGACUUCCAAGAGAAAGAGUAUCUCCUCGAAGUCACCCCAGUGAUGGCUACCGUAGAGUAGUUAAUGUUGUGCCAAAGAAACCACCACUGCUAGACAGACCUGGUGAAGGAAGCUACAAUAGAUAUUACAGUCAUGUUGAUUACCGAGACUGUGACGAGGGCCGCAGUUUUUCUCAUGAUCGAAGAAGUGGUCCACCUCACAGAGGAGAUGAAUCUGGCUAUAGGUGGACGAGAGAUGAUCAUUCUGCAAGCCGACAGCCUGAAUACAGGGACGUGAGAGACAACUUUAGAAGAAAAAGUUUCAACUCCUAUUAUGUGAGAGAGCGGUCACCUCAUAAAAGAAACACUCCUUUUUUCAGAGAAUCGCCUGUAGGCCGAAAGGAUUCUCCACACAGCAGAUCUGGCUCCAGUGUCAGCAGUAGAAGUUACUCUCCAGAAAGAAGCAAAACUUAUUCUUUCCAUCAGUCUCAACAUAGAAAGUCCGUGCGUGCUGGUGCCUGCUACAAACGGCAGAAUGAAGGAAAGCCAGAAAGAGGUAAAGAAAGACCUGUUCAGCCUUUGAAAACAUCAAGAGACACUUCACCCUCAAGUUCUUCAGCAGUUGCUUCAUCAAAGGUAUUAGAUAAACCCAGUAGGCUAACUGAAAAGGAACUUGCUGAAGCUGCAAGCAAGUGGGCCGCUGAAAAGCUAGAGAAGGCAGAUGAAAGUAACUUACCUGAAAUUUCUGAGUAUGAGGCGGGAUCCACAGCACCAUUGUUCAUUGACCAUCCAGUAGAACCUGAGUCAAAUGCAACAGAUGGCAUAGAAUUGUUCGAAGACAGUCAGCUAACCAGUCGCUCUAAAGCAAUAGCAACAAAAACCAAAGAGAUUGAACAGGUUUACCGACAAGACUGUGAAACUUUUGGGAUGGUUGUGAAAAUGCUGAUUGAAAAAGAUCCUUCAUUAGAAAAGUCUAUACAGUUUGCAUUGAGACAGAAUUUACAUGAAAUCGGUGAGCGGUGUGUUGAAGAACUCAAGCAUUUCAUUGCAGAGUAUGACACCUCUAGUCAAGAUUUAGAGCCGUUUUAGAUUGCUUUCUCAGGCAAAAAAAUUUCUAGAUUUUUUCCCCCUGGAUUGUGUAAAUCCUUAAUAUAUGGAAUUUUUGUGAAGAGAAAUACUUUAUGAUAGUUGACCAUAUUUCCAGUAUCAAAUAAACAUCUAAAAUAGUCUAAGAUAUUUUAAUUAGAAUCUUUUUUAUCUACAUGUAGAGCCUUCUAAUCCAUACUUAUCUUUUUUUCCCCUAUCCUAAAACAAUGGGUCAGUUAAUUUUUCAAGCUUUCUUGAAAAUGCAGUCCAAGAUUUCUGUACUUACAGGACAUGUCCUGCAGUCUUCCAUUGUUACGUGAUCAUCUGGUCACACUAGUGUAGUUUAUAGGUUAGAGUACAUUCCACUUAAACAUUUGUAACUUUUUGCAUUUCAUAGUCAGUGAUACCAUGUGAAAAUGUUACAAUUCUGAGUUGUGUUUUAUUGACUUGUUGCUUGCUUACCUUAGGCUUUGUAACUUUCAGUAUGUUUAAGUAUAUUCAAAUAAACUGAAUACUUUGGUAUCUUGGGAAAUAUUUGCUUUGAGGAUAAUUCUCAUUGUGAUAAAAUAGAACAUUUAAAUCUCUAAAAGACACCUCAUAAUAAAAUCCUGUUUUCCAAGUAAA